UUGCUUGCCAAAGACGAAAAAGCAAUUAGUGCACACACCAACCAACUGGUUCGAGAAUUCGUAAAUGAUUUCGUUUUCAUUUUCCGCAACAAAAGUGGUCUACGUCUGUUGCAUGGGAGGUAAAGCCGUAAAGCUAACUCUAUAUAAGACCAAGGCAAACUUCAGAUUAUGGUACAUCCUUCACGAUCACAUAAUUAAGCAAUUACGUUUAACACUCUAAAACAUCUCUCGUUGGCUAUAUUAUAUAUCCUGAAAAGCUCACUCAUGGCAAGUAUUUCUACUGUCUCGGUUCUUGAUAGAAGGCUUGAAGGGAAAGUGGCUCUUAUCAGUGGUGGUGCUAGCGGUAUAGGUGAGGCCACUGCAAGACUCUUCUCUAAGCAUGGAGCACACGUUGUGAUAGCUGAUAUUCAAGACGAUUUGGGUCUCUCUCUUUGCAAACACUUGGAAUCCGCUUCCUAUGUCCAUUGCGAUGUCACAAACGAAAACGACGUUCAAAACGCCGUUAACACAGCGAUUUCCAAGUAUGGCAAUCUAGAUAUCAUGUUUAAUAAUGCUGGCAUAAUUGAUGAGAUAAAAACAAGCAUACUUGACAACAGCAAGUUUGAUUUUGAGAGAGUGAUAAGUGUGAACUUGGUUGGUCCUUUUCUGGGAACAAAGCACGCUGCUAGGGUUAUGAUUCCUGCUAAAAGGGGAAGCAUAAUUAACACUGCUAGUGUUGCUGGAACCUUUAGUGGAGGGGCUUCACAUGCCUACACAAGUUCAAAGCACGCACUAAUUGGACUGAUGAAAAACACUGCGGUGGAGCUUGGACAGUUUGGUAUUAGGGUAAAUUGCUUGUCCCCUUAUGUGGUUGCCACACCAUUGACUAAGAAAUGUUUCAAUCUUGAUGAAGACCGAAAUGGUGAGAUUUAUUCCAACCUAAAAGGUGUUCAUCUUGUGCCAAACGAUGUGGCCGAAGCUGCUCUAUAUUUGGCAGGUGAUGAGUCAAAGUAUGUUAGUGGUCACAAUCUUGUGUUAGAUGGAGGGUUCACCAAUCUAAAUGUAGGAUUUUCUGUGUUUGGGCAGUCUGAGUAAAAAAUGUCUUUUAAUAAUUAUAGUGUUGGUGUUUUGAUGACUGUGUUUAGAGGGCACUGCAGUUCCGAAACUUUAUCUGCCAGCGUAUGUGAAGAAAAGCAAUAUAGGGUAUUAUAAGCCUCAUUCCACGUACACUAGCCGUUUUUGUAUUUGUAUGUAAAAAUUGGAUGAAAUUGGUUUCAUAUA